GUAUCACUGAGAGCCCCGUGUCGGAUGUAAAUAGAAAUUAUGUCGGUACUCUAUCUACGACGACACUUCAUAUAUUUAGUAUAAAUCAUGAGUUUUAUUUGGGAUUGGUUGUCUGGUUCUGUGUCAAAGGUUUUGAGUUAUCUCGGCUUAUGGCAAAAAAACGGAAAGCUGGUAUUUUUAGGGCUAGACAACGCUGGGAAAACAACAUUACUGCAUCGUCUGAAAGAUGAUCGCAUGGCUCAACAUGUUCCAACACUUCAUCCAACUUCUGAAGAAUUGUCGAUCGGUGGUAUGAGAUUUACGACUUUUGAUCUUGGUGGGCAUGAACAAGCAAGGCGCGUUUGGAAAAAUUACAUCCCAGCUGUUGAUGGCCUUGUCUUUAUGGUAGAUGCAUACGAUCGUAACAGAUUCUUGGAGUCAAAGAAGGAGUUGGACAAUCUCCUGCAGGAUGAGCAGAUUGCUCACGCUCCUAUUUUAAUACUCGGAAACAAAAUAGAUAAACCCGGUGCAGCUAGUGAGGAAGAAUUGCGGUACUUCUUGGGGUUACAGGGAAUCACAACAGGAAAGGGUACCAUUAAUAAAAGUCAAAUACCUACUGGGAGACCUAUUGAACUGUUCAUGUGCAGUAUAUUAAAACGGCAAGGUUAUGGUGAAGCGUUUAAUUGGCUUGCUCAAUAUCUUGAUUAAAUACUUAUUAUUCAUGUAAUUUAUUUUAUAUUAAUAAAGAAUGCAACUCAUUUAA